UAUGGACCGUUCCGGCCUGUUAAUCAAACAGUGCGCGUUAGCCAAUUAGAUAACGCAUUUUGGUCAGGUGACCACGGAAACUUGACAACCGUUGCUAACUGUCGUGAUCCGCCAUGACCUCGGUCAAACUCGGUCACAUGCAGUGUAAAAACGUACACAAACCAAUGGGGGUCGACGGUGCGCGGCAUCGUUUUUCAACGUAAAAUGGGGCUUUCUGUGAAUUUAAAAACAUGGUCAAAAUAUGUUGCUACGGUACAUGUAAGUCAGACACCAGGCAUCCGGAUCCACGUCAUAAAGUAAUCUUUUUCCCUUUCCCAAAAACAAAAUCAAACCGUGAAAAAUGUUUACGAUGGAUUAAAGCCUGUGGACGUCCCCAUUCAGAUCUGAAUGUGUACAAAAUCAACAAGGACAAAUACGUGUGUUCCAAGCAUUUCAAAGAACCAAGCUCAAUCUAUCCAGACCCCAUACCGGCAGAUGGGAGUGCCAUCUUUAAAGCCAGGAGGCCUCCACUCAAACGUAUUCUUAACCUAGAAAACAGUGGGCAGUCAUCUGAUGAAAGGAAUCAAAAGGAAUUAUCGAGUGUACCUGACAAAAAGCCUGCUGAAGUUAAACAUGGCAUGUUACAAUCUGGUCUUGAACUACUGUCAGCAGCUUCAACAAUUCGUGACUUGGAAAGAGAAAAUGCAGGUUUGAAGAAGGAUCUUGCUGCCAAGGUGUUGGGGUGCAUGAGGGGGAGAAAACCGUGAACAGGCCAUCAUCAAGUAAGCCAUCAGACA